AUUACAACUGUCUGAUCAUACUCGUCCUCCUUACUACUGUACCUUCACAGGAGCGACCUGCACGCAAGCUAGGGGCGUCUUUAAACGCAACAUACUGCACCCGUCUGUCGUCCGCUGCUAGAUAAUUCUUUCAUUCAUAUAGAAAACAAGCAAAUAACGUUGGUAUAUAAAUGUCCCUCCAACUGUUUAGUCGUCGGCAAGCGCGGUCGCCAUUGCAACCAUGUGCGUCGCUGGCACCGCAUGCUCGGCCAGCAGUUCUGAUAACAGGAGCAUCUACGGGAAUUGGAAAGGCGACGGCCUUGCAUCUGUCUAAAAAUGGCUGGCAGGUGUUUGCGGGUGUACGGCGGGAGGCAGACGGUGCCGCCCUGACCUCCCUGGACCCCUCCAUCGUACCCCUGCUGCUGGACGUCACCAGCGACGAGAGUACGGCCGCUGCGGUUUCGGAGCUCAAGAAACACUUGCAAGGUCCUCAACCGCCACCCACAACAGCAACAGGCAGCUUUGGUGACGAGGCUUCUGACGCCAACCAGAGCAGCAGCACCAGCAACGGCAACAACAGCGGCAACAACAGCGGGUGUCGCAACCUGAGUGGCCUGGUUAACAACGCGGGUAAGGGGCUGUUCGCGCCUCUGGAGUUGAUGCCCCUGGCGGCGUUCGAAGAUGUGAUGUCGGUCAACGUGACGGGGGUGCUGCGGGUGACGCAAGCGGUGCUGCCGCUGCUGAAAAAGACGCAGCCGCACCAGCAGCCCGGCCGCAUCGUCAACAUCGGCUCCUACGCGGGAAGCAUCGCACUGCCGCUGUUCGGAGCAUACGCCACCUCCAAGUUCGGACUGGAGGCGCUGUCGGACGUAAUGCGUUACGAGUUGGGACCCAAAUUCGGUAUCCGUACGGCGCUCAUCAAGGCCGGCGGCGUGAGGACGCCCAUCUGGGAUAAGAGCGUGGCUGCCUCGGAGGUGACGAUGGGGGCGGCGGAGGAGGAGGCCAUGCGGCCGUACCGCGAGAUGUGCGAGGAGAUUAUUGGGCUGUCGCGAGCCGCUGAGGAGAACGGUAUCAGCGCUGACAAGGUGGCUGAGAUCGUGGCAGAGGCGCUGACGGCUGCGAACCCCAAGUCGAGAUACUUGAUUGGAAACGGCGGAGCGGAGUGGGAGAUGACUGCGCGACGCUUGCUUCCGGACUGGAUUUGGGACAAGUUGCUGCUCAGUAAAUUGGUGAAGACUAGGCAGCCAUUUGAGCAAUCCUGAAGCAUUACGGUCGACAUAACUGUUACAGAUAAUUACAUGUUGGCGCGCGACUGCUGAUUGGGCACAGCCCAGGGCUACGCUUGUGUUGAUGGACGGCCAGAUGUUGACAUGUAACCUUAUUUAUGCCUUCCUUGCAGAGUGAUUUACUUUUUGAGUUGAAAGAGGUUUGGCAUACACCGUGCGAACCAGGGGUCCGAGCAGUUGGUUAGUUGCCAUGCAAAGAUUAGGCGCGAGGCGGAGACAUCGCCUCAGCAGCCAAGUCGCUUCUUUUCUUCUGUAGCUUCGGCGUAUAGACAUAGCCAGCAUAAAUGCUGCUUUCUGAUUUUUGUGUAAUGGGUACCGCAGGGAAUCUCAUUUAACUUCAUCCGAG